AUCUUCAUCACAUCUCCAAUGUCGGACGUUGAAGAGGAAUCGGCCGAGAAGCGACUGAAAAUUGUGCUCGUGGGUGACUCCGGUGCCGGCAAAACCAGCAUCGUUCAGAAGUUUUGCAACAACGAUUUCACUAGGCAAUACAUACCCACCGCAGGCAUCGAUUUCUUUCUUAAGAACAUCAGCAUCGGCAGCUACAAAAAUGUCAAUCUACAUUUAUGGGACGUUGGCGGACUCGCUCUACAUGGCAACAUGUUGGAUAAUUACAUUUUUGGAGCACACAUCAUUCUUUUGGUAUACGACGUUACGAAUAGCUCAAGUUUCGACAUUUUGGAAGAGUGGCUCAACAAAAUCAAAAGUUUUAUUGAAGCCUACGAUGAAAUACCUCUAAUAGCGGUAAUAGGUAAUAAAUGUGACAUGGAACAUCAAAGAACAGUUAAGAGAGACAGGUCGCAUCGAUUCGCCGCGGAAAACGGAUUUCCUUAUCAUGAUAUGUCUGCGAGAACUGGAGAAUCGGUAUCUUUAUGCAUAGCAGGUUUGGCAGCUCAAGUUUUAGGUGUUCGAUUAACAAGAACGGAUCAAGAUUUUCAUAAGCCCAUCAUCAUCGCUGAAAUUGGUGACACAGUAGAUGUAAAUUCAAUACACAAAGUCGUAAAAAGAUUUCCUACUAAAAAACAAUUCCCAAUUGCGUUCCAUCCCCAUUUUCCCACCUCGAAAUCUACGGUGUGUAUAUUGCAAUGAUAAUGAUCAGACAUUUUUGAAUAAUGUUAUAUAAAUUUUAUUUAUUUGAGUAUGUGUUCAUAACAACAAACAAAAUACAUAAUGUAAAGAAUGUAUUUUUUACGAUUGUGUGUGAAUGUAUCAAAUUUGUAUAUUACAAUUAAAUAAUACAUCGUAUAGCAGAAAAUAUAAAAAUUAUAUUUAUGUAAUACGAGCAUAGUAUGGCGGAUAACGCUUGAGAGCUUGUAUUCAAUCCCAAAAUCCAAAAAAUUUUCAUGCGUCCCUAACUCCUCUUUAGUGGUUUUUCAAACCAAGAGUACUUAUUACCAAAAAAACCUCUCAAACUGCCGUUCCUAUAAUUUAAUGCCGGGACCGGCAUUAAAUUAUAGGUUCCGUAAACCUAUAAUUUAACGCCGGUAUGUAUGUACUUGCGUGCGCGUCACGGGCAUAAGUACGAGAGGUGGCUCUACUGGAAAGAAUCAUGUCAUAAAGUUAUAUAACAAAAUCGUGUAAUUAAGACAAAUAAAUGAUGUAACAGAUAGUUCCAAAUCAGUACGUGAUUUUUUAAAUCACGUGGUUUGAAAAAACUUUUGUAAAUACACAUGUAAGCAUUAACAACUGGCUUGUAAGCUAAUAACUGGCUCCUUAGCCUUGUUAUUACAAUUUAUUUGA